AGAUAUUCGAAUUGCACAUUGCACAUUGCACAGCCACAGCAGAGAGGCAAUUUAUCGCUGACGAACGUGUCGCACCUGGUCCACCUCACAUACGAGGUCCCUCAACAACUCAUUCCCUUCUCUUUUUCACAUUCAACACCAUCACCAUGUUUUCACGGCGGCAAUUACGACUCCUGACGGUCUUUGUCCUCUUCUUCGCCAUCGCGCAAGCCAGUUGGUUCGAUCUCAGCAUUUUUGGUCGCGAUAAUGGCAAGAAGGGAGUGGACGCAGGAGAUUCUUCUUCGACAAACAGCAGCUCGAACGCAAACCAAGCUGUAUCUACUGGAGUGAGCUCAACACCUUCAUCUACGCCUGUAUCAUCGACGCCAUCAUCGAUUCCUACCUCUGCGACUUCGCAAACCUCUGCUAGCCCAAGUAGCACACCCAGCAGCACCCCCUCUUCCACACCACCGAGUUCGACCCCUACAUCUUCAUCUGCCGCUCCCUCCUCGACCCCGACGAGUACACCUACACAGACCUCAGACACCAACUCGCAGACCUCGAAGAAUGCCGAUACGACUUCGGACUCAACUCAACAAACCUCCACAUCCGCGACCGUCGUUCGUUCCACAAUUGUCAUGACUGUUUCUGGUAGUCUUACGACCUCUGUUUCCUCGUCCACUCAAUCAUCUGCAGCCACAGGAACUGGAGCCAGCGGACAACUGUCAGGAGACGGCACAUCCUCAUCCUCGGGAAUGAGCCCCAAGACCAAGAACACAGUCAUCGGAGUUGUUGUCGGUAUUGGAGGAGCAGCCAUCCUUGCUGGUCUCUUCGUUGUAGCAUGGAGAAUCUGGGGACGCAAGAAGGCUGAAGACGACGAUGAUGGAUUGAUGGGAUUCCGCACUGGAAGCGCAGGUGGAUCAAAUCCUUUCCAGAGCACAUUGGAAAACUACCACAACCCAGCCAGGAACGUGAAUGCAUCGUCGAACUUCUAGGGAGUGGGAGUUGAUUUGUUUUCUUGUGCGGUUUUUUCAGCGUCAUACGUUUUCGUACCCGAGGGGAUGGACAAGAUAUUUUUUUCAGGAUCUGGGAAUCGAAAGGUAUUUGCAUUAGAAUGGCGUAGUAUGCGAGAUUUCCAUUUUCUUUUUUUUCAUUGAUAGUUGGCAGAGCGCAAUACCAAUUGCAAUGGAUGCAAUACUGUUUACUGUUUGUAGCUUAAUACAUAGAAUCUACCAUGGACCUUUUCUGUGCUUUACUUCACUUUCCGUCUACAUUUUCAAUGGAAUAGGA